GACCGGCAAUUUGGACCAAAAUGACAUUUCCCGCUUUUCAUCUUUCCUCCUGCACCAGUGGAUAUCGGUGGCUUCUGAGAGUGGCGCGCGCACACACACAAGCACACCUCCGAUUAGCGCGGUUGGCUACGUACGGUGCGAAAGAAGUUCAACACACAAACGGGGGUGUUAGUGUCUCUCUCUCUGACCAUGACGAACUUCUCGGGCACGUGGAAGCUUAAAACAAGCGAGAAUUUUGAAGAGUACUUGCACAUCCUGGGGGUCAGCCCCGUCACCAAGAAGAUCUCCACCUGCUCGAGACCCACAGUCCACAUCAGCCAGGACGGAGACAACUUCCACAUCCGUGCAGCAUCCUUCCGCACCGCCGAGAGCACCUUCACCGUCGGCCAGGAGUUUGAGGAGGAUGGGCCAUGGCAGGGCCUGCGGCUCCGGAGCCUGGUGAAAUGGGCCGGGCCGGGGAAGUUAUCGUGCGUCCAGAAGCCGGUUUCCGGUGAAGGUCAACCCAUCUUCUGGACCAGAGAGAUCGUCAACGGAGACCUCGUGCUUAAUCUGACCUUCAAGAACGUGUCGUGCUCUCGUGUGUUCGUGAGGACGCAAGAGACGGCGCUGUGACGACGCCUUCGAGGAAGAAACGAACCACCCUGACUCCAUCGGCUCAUACUGCAAAUCUUCUCAACAAUAGGAGUGUUCUUCUUGGUACUUUCGGUAAAGUCUUUGGGUAAAGUCACGUAGACCUAGGUGACUUUACCGAAAGAACCAAGAAGAUGAAUCCCUGCAGUCACGAAAGCUUUAAAUCGAAAAAUAGGAGUGUUUUAUUUGAUUGUUUCAAGAUCGCGCAUUUUCGAGGAGGAUAGCACGGUGGUAGAUGCCUUAUCGCAGCACUGAGCCAGCUUUGUUGACAUCCUCGGUUCGAAUGCAGUACCUCUUUUUCCAGCGUGUGGGACCCUCACGGUACGGGUGGUUUUCCACGGGGCUAUUUGCCGAGCCAAGCCAGAGCCAAAUCGAGAUGCUCUGGCCUUACGAGUCAUCUGAAUACAACUUGGGGCCAAGCAGGGCCAGGAGUUGUCGUACUAAAAUUCUGCGUGUGUGACGUCAGCGGGCAAGGCUCGGCUUCUGCAGUGGGAGAACAAACCCAGCGCCUCUCGGCACGACCCUGGCGAGGCUCAGCUGUAGGAUGGAAACGACGUAGCGGGGUCGGCCCACCCGCAAUCAAAAUCUGGCUUGUCAAGUGCAGUGAGCUGAUGUAACUGCAACAACAACAACAUAUUUCAGUGUUAAUUUUGGUUUGCCGCUUAGUUUGACAUAUUCCAGCUGCGGGAAUACAAUGUUGUUGGUCCGAUCGACAUGUGAAGAGCAAAUCUAAGUGUGGAUGGAUAAAAAUAAGUAAUAUUUUUAAAAAAUAACUUUUUUUAAACACGCUUUUAUUAAAUGUACUGAAAUGUAGGAAGUGACCCCGAAGCUUGCCAUAACGUAAGGGACCGUGGACAAUUAGACCCAAGCCGAAACAUAACGUAUAAAAAAUGUUUAAAAAUAUAGAUUUUGUAUUUUUUCAGUACGACAUAAGUAUACCAAGUUUGCAGUCGAUACCACAAUGGAAAGUGGUUUAAAAUUGAAUUACAAGAUUUGAGGAUACAACAACGACAACAGAGAGAGUGAGUUAAAAGAAAGCGUGUAAAAAAAAGACCCCCAUUGAAGGUACUUGAGAUGUAGCUGCCAUUCUCUCACACUAGGUGGUGCACUGCUUGCUGUGAGAAUUUUAAAUGUAAAUAUAUUCCUCUCACGACGUGACACUGGCUGUGCAAUAGGAAUAUAAUUUCCAAUAAGAAUUAAAAGAAAAUGUUGGCACCCAAACUCCUUCCAAGGCUUAACUUUGUUCCUGAUCAAUUCCGCGGUGAUCGUGAAAAUCGUGAAAAUCGUGAAAAUAUGCACUCGGUCGACGCGCGCAAAACAAUAGUUUUCGAACGAGUUGUUAUUUAUUGCUUCAAAACGCAUUCGUGUCAUUCAAUACCGCAGAAGAUAGGGGAACAACAAGGGAUUUAAAACACGAGCUAGGAAAAAAAUAAUCCGCCACGCAUGGAUUGUGCGACGCUUUCCAUUCCGCGUUUGUCUCCUCAAUUGGUUUUUGUUUGGCAAUCUUUCAAAUCAAUUUGGCCGGCUUUCACAACAAUAAGUUCCCAAUCGCAACACAGUGUCGCACUAACGUUUGGUUCGUAUGAUUGGAUCAUGUUAACGAGAGAUUAUAGUGUCCUCCUUCGGCCCAGGAUGGGCAGAGCAAGGGCAUGAACGCCUUCAGCCCGAGUUGGAAAGCAUACACAAUAAAAAAAUUUAACCGUAAAAACAAA